AUGAUUGUUUUAAUAACCAUCACAUUUAUCAAGGUCUUGGUGAAAUUGGUGUUUCUGGCACCUGCUGAGCUGCAGUCGGCAGUCGAUGGAUCAGCCUCAGGGGGCAGCAACGCCCAACAGCAACCAAGCAGUGCUACUGCUGGCGUUGCACCAGGGGAUAAUGUGCGCCCUCCUGGUGCUCGUUCGGUGCGAGGUGCAAUGCGUGCGUUCACUCUGAUGCAUCCGACAUCACGAGCGCCAACAUUUAUCGCAGUGCCGGGUGUCAACAGCGGCGGGCGCGGUGGGCACGUGCAUUUCCCACCACUUUUCGCUGCUACUACAGGAGGCUUUGGUGGUCAUAUCGGUCAGGUGGAAGGGAGAAACAGAAGCAGGCCGCAGUCUUUUACAAUCACAGCGAGUAGCCAUCCGCCAGCAGGCACCGGCCCAGCUGGAGCCGUUGAUCAUUUCGUGCGCAACAUGUUACAGAAUGCAAUUGGAAAUGCGAUGCCGGCGCAGCGUGGCCAGCCUGCAACUGGACGACAGCACGACCGAAUUGCUGGUCGUCCUCAAAACAUUCCACAUGGAAACCAGCAAGGACCUACAGUGCGUGUGCAGCAUCCAGUGCAGACGCCUUUUGGUACUCAUCAUUUCGGUUCCGGAAUCGUUGGUCAAGUGAUUGUGCGCACAUCAGGAGCAGAAAAUGUUGAGGCAACGCGUCGUGCUGUCGAUGCUGCAAUGCAAGCAGCCAGUGCGGCUGUUGGUGAAAAUGGCGGUGUGCAUGUACAGUUGGCAGCGCCACGUGUUGGUAAUGCCGCAAACAGUAUAUAUUUGACAAUUACAAAAACGCAGCUCGUUGUGGCCGUCAUUGAACAACGCUGUAGCUUAUCUGCUAACAGCCCAUCCGAAAUGUUUAUUGGGCCGAAUUUUCCGAUGGAUUUGCCUUUCUACACGAAUGAUCCGCAUCUGAGCUGUCAGAGUGAUCUUUGUAAUCCACGAGCGAGUAUUCACAAUUCAUCGAAAUACAAUGAACUGCUGGACGAAAUUUACCAGGAACGAAUCAGAGACUUGGGCGAGCAUACUCUUCCACUGGUUUUGAAUUAUAAUGGUGAUGCGCUUUUUACCAGCUCGGAGGUUUUCAAAUCUGUCCUGACGGAAGUACUGCGUCGAGCAGUUGCAAACUUGGCUCACACCGAUUCCCAUUACGGCAUGAUUCCAGUUCUGAAUACUCCGAUAUACGGGUACGAUAUUCCGUCUCCUGUGAUGGACAGAAUGGGUUUUCAUGGACUUUCCGACACUCCUCGAGCGAACACAGGAGACGAAGACAGCCGCGAGCCUCUUGAUACAACUCAAGAAAGUGUGACAUCUGACACGCAGGAUUCCAGUUCUGCUGCUGGAGAAAGUGGAGAGGCUGCUGCUACUGCUGCUGCUACUGGUGCUGCUGACUCAGGAGUUACUGAUAUAAUGCGAGCCGCAUCCACUCUUAUGCGAUUUAUACAGUCCGGCAGUUCUACGACUCUUGCUCAAGCUGCGCGCCAAAUGGGGCAUCAGCCUACUGUGAUGACCACAGAGAAAAUCGGUUUUGUGAACCUUGUCAUGGUUUUGGCUUAUGAAUUACUGCAAAUUUCUGAAUUUAUGCAGUUAUUGGUUGGCGAUUUUGCGUUUCUUAGCAGACAUCGCCACCUCAUUCGUCAUUUUGUCAUCGAGAACGUUUUCAAUGACAACUGUCACCCGUCUGAUGAAGAUAUAGCAAAUGCGACAGAGCGCGUUGCUUUGGCGGAAUCGGAGUUGGAUCGCUUUUUUGCAUUUGAGGAUGUGCAUCGCUUCGUGCAUGUUGAUGGUGUUGGUCGAGUUGAUAUUAUUGGCAGUGUAAUGCGCCUGGAACGUCGAGUUGUGAACGAAUUUCUGCACCAUUUGUUGCGUACUGACGACGGUAAUGCUCCCGAAAUGUUACCGGAGGAAUACUCGGAAAUCAUUGUCGAUAUGUUCAAGGCCUAUGUUUGUCGAGCGGUUUUCUUGACGAACCUUUCGAUGAACGGUGACCCAUGCGAUUACGAAAGACUUCUACUUCGUUUCGCGGAUCAAGCUGCAACAGAAAAUGAGCGCCAGCUCUUCGCCGACAUGUCACAUAUGAGCAUUACACAUAUAAGACUUCUGCUGCAGAGAGAGCAACCUCCUGUCAGCAUUCGUGACAUGAUGGAAGAUAUUGUUUUAACCGACGAAGGUGCUGAUGCUGCCGCAUUGAAUAUGUUAUCGUCAGGCGCCGAAAAUGAGAGUACAGCAGAACCAUCAUUUGCUGAGGAAGAGGCUGGAAGAGAAGACAGAACUGUCGAUGCGGACGUCGAUAAAACACAAGAUUCUGACGGUAGUGAUGAAUCGGGUGCAGGUUUGCCCAAGGCUUGGUCAGCGGUCUUUAAGACCGAUCAGAAUCGCUCAGUAGCAGUGAAUCCGAGCGCGCUGAGCAGUGCUUAUUUAGCUGGAGGUUGCUCCACAAAAGAAAAGGGAAUGAAAGUGCCUGUGGAAGGUUCUGUUAAUGCUGUGAUAUCAUCUGCAAUAACGAGAUCCGUAGAGGAAGCUGUGUCCUUUGCAGGAUUUUCAAUGCCGGAUGUGAGUUUGCCUUUUAUGCCAGAAAUCUUUUGCCUAAAGUAG